AAAUGAAUGAAAAAAGACCAGCAAUGUUAAAAAAAAGUUGGAUCAGUAAGAAUUUUGACAUUGAAAAAUUAUUUUUAUCACCUGAAGAAAAUGCUGUUCUAAGUGUAACUGAUGAGAAACUUAAAAGAAAAUCUUCAAAUCUUCAGGCAAAAGAGGCAAGUGAUUCUGACAAAUCAUCCUAUCUAGCUCUACAGUCUGAUAACCUUAAUACAAUUCCUGCCACACAUAGUAGAAAACUGGCAACUCGUAUUCAUUCUAGAGAGCAUAAUAGUCUCAGCAAAUUAUCACCUCCUGUGCAAAAUAGCUUAUCUAGUGUAGUUGCUUUUAGAAGGAAAAGAGUAUCAGUGCCUCCAAGUCGCCUAAUAGCAGAGGAAAGUAGUUUGAAGCCAUUUCAGCAUAACACAAAAAAUCCAUCUCAAGUGUCGCCCUUGAAAAGAAGUUUUAGGAAGAAAAUACCUGAUAUGCAGGAUAAUGUACUUAACAAAUCUAUCAUUGAAGAAGUUCAGAAUAUUUCUGAAGCUGCUUCUAAUUCUUUGUGUGUAAGAAUUAUAUCAAAUAAAAAAAGAAACAGAUCUUCAGAGUUGAAGGAAAGCAUCAAAGAAGAAUUAUAUAAUGAUCAUAUCAAUGAAAAUAAGCCUUGUUUACCUGAAGGAUGGUCAUCUAAAGCAAUUGUUCGGAAGUCAGGAAAAACAGCUGGCAAUGUGGAUUUGUAUAUCUACAGUCCUGAUGGUCUCAAAUUUCGUUCAAAAGCUGAAAUUGCUAAAUAUUUGAAGAGGACUAAUUCACCCUUAAAUUUGGAGGAUUUUAAUAUCAGUCAUGAGCAGUUGACAAAGCAAGAAAAUGUGCUAAUUCCAGCAAAAACUUCUGAAGAGCAUGUUGAACCUGAUAACAUUUGUGAUUCUAGAUCAAAAUCCUCAGAUUCCUCAGCUUUGAAUUCAAGAAGAGUUUCCAAGACUACUUUAUCUAAAUCUCCAAAAAUUGCAGUAAAAAAUGGCAGAAAAUCUAGACCUGUUUUAGAAAGCCUAGACUCAUCUGGUAGCAUCUUUAAAAGUGGUAGACCACAAAACAAAGAUACAGGAGGGCAUACAGAAUUUGAGAAUCAUCAAGAGGCAACACCCAAAACUCAAACUCAGAAUACUGAGCCAUCUGAAAAUCAUUCACUUUCUGGAAAAACAAAUGAGAUGGUAGCUAUGGAAAACAUUUCUAUAAAACUUAUGCGUUGUGAUGUCGAUAAGAUAGUACAGUAUGAGAAAAAUUAUCCCAGUGCCAUCAAAGCUGGAAGAAGAGGACAAAAGAAAAAAUUUCAAGAGAAAGAGAAUGUUAUCUUUGAGCCCAGCAGCGAAGAGUUAAAAAAUGGGAAAGAAGAAGGAAAUGUAUCUGGACCAUCACCACCUGACAGCAGAGCUACUAGAAAACGGAAAAGUACACCAUUGACCAUUUCUAAAAAAAUACCAAAAAGGUUAAAUAAUGUAAGUAAGUCACCAGAAAGUCUGACUGCAACGUCUUCAUCGCCAUUGUUGGACGACGAUAAAAGUUAUCAAAGAGAUGUGCCAGAAGGUUGGAUGAUUAACCUGGUAAAACGCAAAUCUGGGAAAACUGCAGGCCUAGUUGAUGUUUACAUUUAUAGUCCUGAGGGUCUGAAAUUUCGCUCAAAACCUGAUCUUGCUGCUUAUUUAGCCAGAACCAAGUCACCCUUAAAACUUGAAGAUUUUAGUUUUGAUAAGAAACAAAUAACUGGCAAAUCAAAAUAGAGAGUGUGUUGAAAAUGAACCUUAAAUACAUAAGACAGUGUAUUUUAAAAAAUAAUAUAACUAUAUUGUUAUUUGAGUAAAGAAAUUUCACUUGUUUUUAGUAGAUUUGUAUUUCACUAAAAAAAAAAAAAAAAAAAAAAAUCUUUUGUCAUCUUAACUGUAAAUUAUUUUAUUUGAUCAUCAUGUACCAUCUUUACAUUUUGUGAAUAAAAUAAAUAUUUUCAUAUCAUGUGUAAACAAACAUAAUUUGUAUUUUAUUUUAAAAUAUUGCUAUAUUAGGAGCAUUGUCAAAAAUGUGUAUUAAGAGUAUUUCGUUUGACAUAUUAAUAUUCAAUAAUAUUUUGUGUAAAAAGUUAUGAUUAAAAUAUCUGUCUCUCAUUCUAUCUUUAUGGUGUGAUUUUAGCAUUAACAAUUUAACCCUGAACAUGAAGGUUAUCAUGCUACAUUUGUUAUUUUCUGUAGUGACUAGUUUGUAAUUGCUACUAAAUUUUGAACCAUUUUUGUAUGUUUACAGUACAGACUAUUUGUUUUAGCCAUCCCACCAUACAGAGUUUGACUGUUAUUUUUAGUAUUAUGUAUGGUGUAUUGUAAAAAUUAUUAAAAUUUAUGUUGCCCUCAAUUAAAAAAAAAGGAACCAUACUUUUGUGUAAUUAUUUCCUUCCAGUAAUUUAUGAUAAUGUUUUAUAUAUUAUGUGAAAAUUUCAUGGAUUUGAAGCUCUAUCUAAAAUAUACUUCUAUUCUAUUUUGUCUGUUUUAUCAUUUGCAUACUGUUUUUUAUUGAAUUGAGAACCUAAUUAAAACAGUAAAAACUUG